AUGAACACCUGCUUGCCCGCGAGACUUCCUGGUGCGCGCCCGCUGGGCACGAGCAACUGCAAUUGGGUCCGGCGCCGUGCGCACCCCAUCUGUUCCGCCAAGCGGCGUGCCGCUAAGAAAGCCGACGGCAGCGACACGACCAACGACGGUGCCGCUACCGGCACUAGUGACGGCGCUGCGUCUGCGGACGCCUCGCCGAAGCGCCGCGCGCCGCCCCGCGCGCCGGGAGCCAAGAAGCAGGUACCCCCCGGGCAGCAGACGUUUGCGGCGCAGCUGUCAGAGGCGCUGGGGCCUGGCAUCACCGCCGCCGACGCCGCCGCGGCCGUCCGCACGUGCAGCGUCACCCGCCUUGACCAGUGGCCGGCGCAGGUGCUCGCGGCCAACGCGGCGAGCCUGUGGGAGCUCACGGAAUGCAGCUCGCGCACGGAGCGCGCGCGCGCCGUGCGCACGGCGCCAGAGCUGCUGACACUGCCCAAGGGCGCGCAGCGGGAAAUGAUAAUGGAGCUGGGGCGUUUCUUCAACACUGCUAAUGAGGAGCCUUUCUGGCAGCUGCGCGCCGGCAGCGAGGCGUUCCGCCGCUACCCGCGCGCUGCGCUCGUGCACCCGUCGGCGCUGCAGGCGCGCUGCGAGGAGGCCGUGCGCGCGCUGGCGCGCGGCCUCGCCGCCCGUGGCGCCGGCGGGCGGGCCUCAUCAGAGAGGACCAUCAAGCACAUGCUGCAGCAGCACCCGGCGCUGCUUGAGCUUCCGGAGGGUGUCCUGAAGCAGAGGGUGGAGGCGCUGCAGAAGCUGGACAUGCCCGUGGUGUGGAUGCAGCGCAUGCUGCUGACGGCGCCCCAGCUGCUGCUGAUCGAGCCCCGGACGCUCAUCGCCAAGAUUGCGCUGCUGCAAGUGGGGCUCGGCGGAGACUUCCUCAUGAACCUGCCAGACCCCACGAUCGGCCGCCUCGCCGGCUACAGCGCCACGCGCCUCGCGCGCUACCCGUUCCUGAAACGCGCCAAAAAGCUGCCCGGCGAGGGAGCGCGGGCGUCCUCUGGCGGGUCGGACGGGGCCCCGGCGGUGCCUGCCUGGUCGGACGCGCGGUUCGGCAAGGACCAUCCAGGGUUUGCUGAAUGGCUGGCCUCAAACCGGGAGCAGCUUGAGCGCGAGUACGCGCCACUCACCUUCCCGCCGCCAGCCGGCAGCCGGCGCGGGCGGAGCGACAGCACAAACGGGCUUGGGGUUGAUCUGGAGGAUGCGACGGGGGAUGGCUCAGCGGGGGAGGGCUCGGCGGGGGAGGGUGCAACCAGCAGCUGGCCAGCUGCCGCACGGGGCAGGGAGGAAGGUGGCAGCGGUGAUGACGGCGAGUCUGAGGCGAGUGAGGGUGAGGGCGAGGGCUCGGUGGACGUGGCCAACGAUGAGCUGCCUCAAAUCGGCUCGGCCAUGUGGGUGUGA